CAUAUCGCAUACUUCAUACACUUCACACGUUGAGAGUGUAUCGUCACACCCUCGUCCACCUUCGACUCUGUCCUCCGCCGCCGACGCCGUGUCGUCUCGUUACUUCGUAGCCUACACCCGCGCUUGCUAGUAAUACCUUACUUGUAAUCGGCAGCAGAUGCUGCUUGCGCCCUAAAUCUCUCUCCCCUGCGCUUCAGGACAUGCCUUUCUUCAAAAACGUUUUCAAAUCAAAGGAUGGCCCGCGGUCGGCAUCCAAGGGAGGAAAGUACACAGAGCAGUCUGGUCCCGUCCCACCGCCCAAGCCUCGAUGGGAAGACGCAUGGUCGCGCAAAGAUGUAGCGCCCGAAGAGGUUCAGGAGCUAGUACAUGGAUGUACGCAAGAAAUGAAGUCAAGGGCAUUAGAUAUGCCAUUUCUGCUGUUGCCGUUCCGACCUGCGUCCGACCAUAGCGCAGCGCGCAACUUUGUGAGGAGUUACUUUCGAGCAGCCUACGAGGGAACCGGCCAGUUCACUGGGGAAAGUUUGCAGCAAGAGCUGCGAUUGGCUGAACCAUUGGUUCUCUGCAGUAUAAUCAAAUGGUGCUGGAGCAGGCUGCCCGGCGGCGUCGUUACUUGGGAUGUAUAUGAGCUUUUCCGAGUGGGAGAAUCUGACUCGAACUUCGCCAGACACGCAUACGACACCUUCAUACCACUCAGCGUAGACUCAGAUGCUCGUAAACAGAUCGUGUUUAACUUCUUCGAUCUACUCGCAGCUGUUGCAGCGCGCGGCAAGACUAACGGUAUGGGUGGUAGGAAGCUCUCUCGAAUGGCCGGCUGGUGGGCUUUCACCAUCAACGACGAUGGAAAGGGCUUCGAUGGAGGCUAUCGCUCAUGGGAAAGGGCCGCAGAUGCAGCCAGUCAUCUUUUCUUCGCUUACCUUCGGUCACUUUCGCCUGACGCUGCUUCUAUUGGUGGCAUCUCCUCCCUUCCGCGUUCUCUUCAAGCUUUGGUUUCUCAAACCGAGUACCCGCCACAAGCGCCGCUUCUUAUGCAGACCACGACAACUAAGGUUGUAAUGAUAGUAGACUCAGUAUCGCCUACGCCUUUCGCCUUGCUGCGACGUGCAAAGAACUUCGAGUAUCGAGACGAUGAUGAGGCCCUGCAACGAUUCUCUGCAUAUGAGGAUUCCGUCCAAGCCCUGACAGAUGAAUGCCGCAGAGUCCUAGAACGUAUAUCUUCAACCAACCAAUCGAUAGCCUCUCCGGACGGGGCUAAGCAAGACGCAUCCUGGUCCCGAUUUGAAGAUCUCGGCUUCUCUGGGCUUCUCGAUAGCCCAGUCUCCACGACCACAAAUGGUACACCAAAUACUACUUCCCCCAAGGAAUUCUCUGCCCUUCGCUCUGGACCUCGUACCAGGAAUACUGAUUUCGGACGACCAACUACGCCAUCCUGGGCUGACUUCCUCUCCUCAGGCUUUGCCGAUGAGAAUGGAAAUGCGUCACCAGCACCUCUUUUGCUACCACCGGACAAGGUGCUACCCCCAAUCGGAGAGGGGCAAAGAGUUCAUAGCUCACAAUCCCACUUGCGGCCUGGAUUGCUAGCCGAGGAGGAGCUGGAGCCAGGUGAGUUAGCCAGUAUCACGCAAUUCGACCUUGAUGAUACUUUCUGGUGGGUUUGGAUGACGAGUCUUGCCGACGAAGAGACCGUGGAACGAAAGGCUGCAUUCGGGCGAUGCACUCUCAUAGAAACCAGAAUUUCAGGCGCCAAAUGGCUGGUCAUGGAAGAGCAGGUUAAAGGCGCCUCCCCUGGUCCUGAAGAAGGAGCUUACAUUGCAGAGAAGAAGGGUCGUUUCAGUUUCACUCGCCGCGGACGUUUAGGCAGGCGCAAAUCCACAGGAAAGAAGCCAGCGACGGUCAAAGACCCCUAUAGCCGUGUAACUUCAGCUGCUCCCAUGAGCAAGACAAGCAUUGGGCCUGACCAACACGCACGUAUACAAGCCGCCGCUGCUAGAUUAGCUCAGACAGAGAGAGAUCUGAAGGCCUCAGAGGAAACAGCUCAACGUCGGGCUAGGAUGGACGAUGCCGCCUCCACCAAGACCAAUAGCGUCUUGACUUUGCAACCUCAUCUCCUCAGUGAAGCCGGUCCAGCAAUGAAGUGGGAUAAGAAAUUCGGGGAAGGCGCGAAGGAUCGAGAUGUACUUCGUGCCCAGUAUCUCGGAGACGUGACAGCGGGCAAAGGUUCUCGGGACAACCUUCUUUCCACUGCCAACGGAGGUUCGCCAACGUUGCACCGAGACCUAUCGAACCGCGACUUGCCAUCCCUGCCGAAGUCCGAGGCUGACGAGCCUCAGACCAAACAAAAGUCCAGCCCACCGUCUCCACUGCCUCCUGUAUCUCCUGCGCCGGCAGCAGUGCCUCAUCUCGGGGAAAGCUCUUCCGGUUCACACUCUGCACCUGAUAGGAACAAAGCCCUACCCUCUGAUGCCUUGGACGAGAAGCCCGCUGUUCAGCCUGAACAGUUGGACACUCAUCCAGCAUUCAGAAAGCCAGUCCCAGACCGUAAGCCAGUUCAGGCCAGUGAGAAAGGAGCAGCCCAUGGAGAUGAGGAUGCGCCGUUACCAGAGGUUGGAAAGAAAUCACCCCCUAAGAAAUUGAAGAAGAAUGCUGCUGGAGGAGGCUUCAGGAAGCUUUUCGGAAAGAAGAAGGCGGAUGCGUCCGGUUCGACCGAAGCCAAUCAGCCAGCACCUCGUGCAAGCGCUGAUGAGGCGUUUGUAGAGCCCGAGAGGUCGGCAUCAUACGUACCCCAACAGACGUCGCAACCUCGCGAUCGAUCCCCUGCCUACGUUGCCGAGCCAGUGGAGCCAACGGCCGCCCUUUCGCCCGCAGUCGAACCCAAACCUACGGCAUCCGUCAAUAGCCAUUCCGCCGUUUCAAUUCCCGCGCCGCAAGAGCACUCUGCUCCUGAUCCAUCUUUCUCACGUUUCGACCAAGGACCCAUGGAUGAUAUGCCUGCUUUUGUUCCGGACGACACGGACGAUGAAGUUGAAUCGAUCCCUCCCGCUGCACCCGCAUAUACAAGCCAACCUCCGCAAUCUGUAGACCCUGAGGCUACAUCUCAUAGGCAUGACGAGCCCACGAUGGAUGAUUUAUCGGAGGCCUCUGUUGAUCUUUCCCAACAGGCGGUACCUUCGCAAGACCGCUGGGCUCAGAUCCGGAAGAAUGCAGCUGAGCGCGCGGCAAGACUCAGUGAGGAGCAAUCGCGACGAAGCCAUAGUCAAAGUGUGAGGACCGAUGAGGGCGAGACGAGUGGAGAGGAGACGAUCGAAAGUCGUGUUGCUCGUAUCAAGGCACGAGUUGCCCAACUGACCGGCAACAUGGAGGGACAGGGACAGCAGCCUCCACCACCAGGAAUGAGAUAAACUGCUUGACUCCGUCAAGACCAUUUGUAUAAGCGAAAGCAGCCAUCACAGUCAAUUGUUUUGCAUUGCCCCUUUCCCCAUCGGCGUGCCGAGCUUUGAUACCCCCGUUAUCUGUUUGCUUUCUCCCACU